AUGGUCGUCUAUCAUAUCGUCGCUUUCAAGACCCGAUCGGCCACGGGCCUUCAAGCUCUCCGAGAAGCUUUCCUGGCUCUUCCACAAUCAUGUCUACACCCUGUCAGCGGUCAGCCAUAUAUACAGAUCGCCCGAGGUGGAAGACAAAUGAGCACGGAGGGUAAAGAUAGGGGUAUGCAAGUUUGCUUCGUCAUGGAAUUCGAGAAUGAAGAAGAUCUAGCGUAUUAUCUCGACAAAGAUCCGGUUCACGAAGAGUUCAAGAACAAAGCCGGAGGUGAAUGGGAGACGCUUGACGUGGUAGCGAUGGAUUUCAAUGAGGGUGUGUUCUAG